GCACGGGGCCAUGGCCGUGGGCUGAGGGAGGGGGGGGGGCGGAGCCCGGGGCCACACGGGCUGCGAGAAGCCGCAUGGGCGGCUGGGCGAGCCGCGUCCCAGCGCAGCGUCCCCCGCCCCGGCGCCGCGAGGAGGCCGAGACGAUGAUCCAGCCUCAAGAAACAGCUUCAAGGUCUCACACCUUCAAAAACAAGUCUUUUAAGAAAUUAAAAAAUUGUGGAGUCUGCAAACAAGUUAUUGAUAGCCAAGGCAUUUCCUGCAGAGUUUGCAAGUAUGCUUGUCACAGGAAAUGCGAAGGAAAGGUGGUGACACCCUGCCUUUUUCCAAGCAACUAUGAACUGAUUGCUGCUGAACCGUGGGUUUGUCCCCAUUCAUUGCAGGCUAAUAACUCUGAGACUGUUAAAAAUCAUGUAACCAGUAUGAAUUCCAGCAGUGCUUUGAAGAACUCCUCUUUCAGUAGUGACAAAGGAUCACGAAGUGCAGAGUUUGAUCACGUUAUGGAGGAAGGCUAUGAACUUGACCUGACUUACAUCACAGAGCGGAUCAUCUCUGUAUCCUUCCCUGCUAGCUGUUCUGAGGAAACUUACCUCCAUAAUCUGCAAGAUGUAACACAAAUGCUCAAAUCCAAACAUGGGGAUAAUUACUUGGUGUUAAACCUCUCUGAAAAGAGAUAUGACCUUGCCCAGCUUAACCCAAAGAUCAUGGAUGUGGGGUGGCCUGAUCUCCAUGCUCCGCCUCUUGAUAAGGUGUGCAUCAUCUGCAAGGCUAUGGAGUCGUGGCUGAACAGUGAUCCUCAACAUGUGGUGGUAAUCCAUUGUCGAGGAGGGAAAGGAAGGAUAGGUGUGGUCAUAUCAUCAUAUAUGCACUUCACCAACGUUUCUGCAAGUGCUGAUCAGGCUCUAGACAGAUUUGCUAUGAAGAAAUUCUUUGAUGAUAAAGUUUCAGCUUUAAUGCAGCCAUCCCAAAGAAGAUAUGUGCAGUUCUUAAGUGGCCUUCUAUCUGGAUCUGUGAAAAUGAAUGCAACCUCUGUUUUCCUGCACUAUGUUAUCCUUCAUGGCAUCCCAGGCUUCGAUAUUGGAGGAGCUUGCCGGCCUUUCCUGAAGUUAUACCAGGCUAUGCAACCAAUUUAUACAUCUGGAAUAUAUAGUGUAGGGCCAGAAAAUCAAAGCCGAAUCUGCAUUGCUAUAGACCCUGCCCAACUUCUGAAGGGAGAUAUUAUGCUAAAGUGUUAUCACAAAAAAUACAGGUCAGCUACUCGUGAUGUAAUUUUUCGCCUUCAGUUUCACACUGGAGCCAUUCAAGGACAUGGCCUGGUGUUUGGCAAAGAGGAUUUGGACAACGCCAACAAAGAUGACCGUUUCCCUGAUAAUGGCAAGGUGGAAUUAGUGUUUUCAGGAACUCCAGAGAAAAUUCAAGGAUGUGAACACCUUCAGAAUGACCGUGGAGUGAUAGUUGAUUACAAUAUCUCAGACCCGCUGAUACGCUGGGAUUCCUAUGAAAAUACGAACCCUGAUGGGGAAGUGCUCCAUACCCAAGGUCCCAUUGAUGGCAGUCUAUAUGCAAAAGUGAGAAAGAAGAGCUCUUCAGACAGUAGCAGCCCUGGUGUAUCUCAGGGUGUUCCCGUGACUGGCAGUUCUGAUCACAGCGAUCAUACCCUGUCUGCCAGCAGUGAUUCAGGACACUCGACAGCUUCCACCAGGACAGACAAGACUGAGGAGCACCUUGUGUCAGGAGUCAAACGAGGUCUGAGCCCACAAGAGAAGGCGGAACUGGACCAGCUUCUUAGUGGCUUUGGUCUGGAGGAUUCUGUCAGCAUUGCCAAGGGUAUGACUGAUGAUCGAAGCAAGUACAGUGGGACUCGCCACAUAGUACCAGCUCAAGUUCACAUGAAUGGAGAUACCAAACUGAAGGAUAGGGAGACUGAUAUUCUGGAUGACGAAAUGCCUAAUCAUGACCUUCACAGCGUGGACAGCAUUGGGACUUUGUCUUCCUCAGAAGGGCAGCACUCCGCCCACCUAGGGAACUUUAGUUGCCACAAAAGCAGUCAGAACUCACUUCUUUCAGAUGGCUUUGGAAGUAACACUUUGGAAGAGCAUAAUAAUGCUUUUGCCCCAGAUCUGGGAAUUGGUGUGGAUCCCCUCUAUGAGAGAUCAUUUGGAAGCACUGAGCCAAAGUCAACUCAGCAAUUACAACAGAAUCCUUCUGUCUCCCCCCAGCCUCAAGCCUAUGGCUCGAGCAACUACUCUACUCAGACCUGGGUACACCAGCAGCAGAUGGUCACUGCUCACCAAUAUGGUUUUGCCCCAGAGAAUGAAAUGAGCGUUGACAUUCAUAAUGCUGUGGAGAAUUCAGGCAGUGUCCAAAGUCAGUCUCGAGUCCCAGACACCCCGACACGUGGCUCCAGCAGCAGAGAUGCUGUGCAGAGGGGACUAGGAAGCGUGCCAGGUGCUGCUGAAGUUGCAGAACAUGUCAGUGCUGAGAGUUUGAAGUCAAGACCAGUGCCUCAGAAGGACACAAAUGUCCUACAUCUAGGACAGAACGCAGAGGAGUUGCCAGCUUCUCCAACUUUGGAUAUUGAUCAAUCCAUUGAACAACUGAACAGGCUAAUCUUGGAGUUAGACCCUACAUUUGAACCUAUCCUGACCCGCAUUAACACUGUCACCAGGGACAGAAAUCAAAUAAAUGGAUUCACUAGCUUUGAUGUAGAUGUGGAAGGACUUGGCAGGAGUCCUGGCUUCCAUGACAAAUUAGAGGUCACAAACAGGAAGCCAUCUUGGCAUGCAACAGGUACACAAGAUGACAUUGCAACAGGGAGAAGGAUCAGAAAAUUAAGUGUUGGGCAGUAUGAUAAUGAUGUCCCUGGGCAGCCAUCGUAUAACAGGUGUGGAUGGAUGAAAUCUCCUGUUGCUGACCAAGCUGUAAAUCCAGGAUUAUCGUUUGCUGUAGGGGAGACCAAGAAGAUGACUGUUGCAUGCUACCAAGAUGAAAUAGAUGGGGGAAUCUUCUUCCCAAUGAAAAAUGGAAAUGAAGCUGUCCUAUGCACACCAGCUUUUCUGCUGUCGCCAGAGACAUCAUAUGUGAAAACACCUCCACUAUACCAUCCGCAGAUUCCUUCCAGCCAAAGGAUCAGCAGCCUGUCUCAGCCAUACAGAACCAGUCCUGAAUCUCAAAGUUACACUGAAGCCAUUAACCAUGCUAUGGUCGUGUCUGACAGCACUGUGGGCACUAACCCUUUGCUGAGGGCCAACAUGCAGACGGAUCCCUCCUUUCGGCGCUGUUUUGCAUCUUCACAUACUGUUUCAAGUAACAGUCCUAUCCCAGGUGGAGAAAGCUCUUCUGCAACAGAACGUCCCUGGCUUGAAAGCAGUCCUAAAGCUUCUCCAUUGCUGCAGCUGUCAGUGGGGAGCAGCAGGCCACCAGGAGGUUACCUGGUGCCCUCUGAGUUUUCAAAUGUCAUGAAAGAUGUCUCUCUCUUUUCUCAUUUCCAAACUCAAGGGCUGGAAGUUGUCACCCUGAGCACUCUGGAGAAUUCACCAGCAGAGCCACAGCAAGAACUUGCUGUCAGCAGCAAUACUCAGCCUUACCUGAUUUACAGCAGGGGCAACAGGGGCAGUAGCUCCCCUCAAGAGGAACAAGCUAGUCUCAUAGCCAAUACUAGCAUGUCUCCUAAAACCAUGAGCUCAUCAGUAGCAAGUGCUGAGAACAAUGGCUUUUUGACGCAAAACUCUCUUACAGUGGCCUCUGGACAUAAUAGCCCCAACAGUGUGGUUCAGCAGAACCAUGGAGGGAACCUACAUGCUCAACCACCUCUUCCAGAGAAAAAGAGGUCUUCUGAAGGAGACCGUUCCUUUGCCUCUGUGUCACCUUCUUCAAGUGGCUUCUCUAGCCCCCACAGUGGAAGCACAAUCAGCAUCCCCUUCCCAAAUGUCCUCCCAGACUUCUCAAAAAUGUUAAGCUCUUCCCCAGUGCCGGAAAUCACAACUGAUAAACAUGUGACUGUAAAAUUUGUCCAAGACACCUCCAAGUUCUGGUAUAAGUCGGAUAUUUCAAGAGAACAAGCCAUUGCUGUUCUUAAGGACCAGGAACCUGGGUCAUUCAUUGUUCGAGACAGUCAUUCUUUCAGGGGAGCCUAUGGGCUAGCCAUGAAAGUUGCUACACCACCUCCUUCUGUGCUGCAAUUGAACAAGAAAGUUGGAGAUUUGUCGAAUGAACUUGUAAGGCAUUUUCUGAUUGAAUGCACUCACAAGGGGGUGCGCUUGAAAGGAUGUCCAAAUGAACCAUAUUUUGGAAGUUUGACAGCUCUGGUAUAUCAGCAUUCCAUCACUCCAUUGGCACUGCCCUGUAAGCUCCUCAUCCCAGACAGAGAUCCCUUGGAGGAGAUAGCAGAAACUUCUCCACAAACUGCUGCAAACUCGGCAGUGGAGCUUCUCAAGCAGGGUGCAGCAUGUAAUGUUUGGUAUCUGAAUUCAGUGGAAAUGGAGUCCCUCACAGGCUACCAGGCAGUACAGAAAGCCUUGAGCCUGACACUGAUGCAAGAUCCUUCUCCCAUCUCAACUGUUGUCCAUUUCAAGGUGUCAGCACAAGGAAUCACACUGACAGAUAAUCAAAGGAAACUCUUUUUUCGGCGACAUUAUCCAGUCAGCACUGUUAUUUUUUGUGCUUUGGAUCCACAGGACAGAAAGUGGAUGAAAGAUGGCCUUUCUGCAAAAGUAUUUGGGUUCAUUGCCAGGAAGCAGGGCAGUGCCACAGACAAUGUAUGCCACCUGUUUGCAGAGCACGAUCCAGAGCAACCUGCCAGUGCCAUUGUGAACUUUGUAUCAAAGGUCAUGAUCGGUUCCCAGAAGAAGAUCUGAUGCCUUUUCAUCCUCAACUCAGAGCUCUUCACUGAAGGAAAGCGCUGUUAAGAAGGAAAAAUCCUGUUCAGCAGCAGUGUCUGAACCUUGUCAUACCCUAGAAGGAAAGCAGAGGACACUCUAUCUGCGUUGUCUUUGCAAGAUUUCAGCCUUUUCUCUGAAGAUGCUUCUGACUUAACAAAACAUUAAUUACUGUUUUUAUAUCAAAAGAUGAAACAAAAGAAGCUAGGUGCCACCCAAAUCCAGGUAGACUAUACCUGAAUGAAGCAUAAAUUAAAAACUUUUCUCCUGAAGGGUUUCUGGUACAUUUUCAUGUGCUGUUUCUCACCAUUUAUUGGAGCAGAAAUACUCAAUAGGCUGUGCUACUUUUUUUUUGUGCAGAAGAUGUUUUGUAAAACUUCCAUAUAGACACUUGACAUAGUUGCAUCAAUGGUAGCUAUAGGCCUUGCAAAGAUGCUCGUAAGAGAAUGAUGAUCUGAGGAAGACUAUUUGCUCUUCCCUUCAUCUUUGUGCGAUCAGCGGUGGAAGCUGAAUGGAGAAAGGGGAAGAUGUAUGUGAAGAGAAGGUUUGUGCAAGUUAAUUUCUGUUAAGAAAGGAGCAGCAAUGUGAAAUAUUCAGGGAGAUUGGUCUGUAGACAGUGUUGAGAAGGCUGGGCUGUUUUAGUUUGAAAAAUUUUAAAUAGUGGAGAGGUGGCAGAACAAAGAAAAGGUCUGGAAAUGUAUUCUGUAAGUGUGAGCGUUGUAUUUUUUUCUUUUUUUUAUACCAAGAACUAAGCAGGGAAGAUGCUGUAUUUUAAUAAUUACAGGAUAAAAAUGAGGGAAAAGAAAAGAUGAUAAUUUUAUAAUUUGUGUAUUUUUACCUGUGCCAGAUUAUUUAUAGUAGAUCUCAGAUCUUGAUUAUGUUACAUGAAUAUUCUAAAACUAGACCAUUGUUGAACUUGGCCUCUUUAGUGCUAUUUUGCAUAAGUAAAUGUGUGUAUAGCCUGUGUCUUCUUAUAGACAAGAGUCUCGUAUUUGACUUUUGUCUUAAAAACAACAAGAUACUUCCCUUUUCCUGACUCUGCAAUACAGUUUUGGUAGUAACAUUUGUUCCCCUGCCUAAUACAUAAUUAUAUUUGUGGAAUUUUUUUCCCUCUUGUUCUUGGAGUUUUGGGGAAUUUGGUGGCUUAUUUUUAUCUGCAGGAACUAUUUUUGGUUUAUAAUGUUUUUUUUAGUAGUUCCUUGAGUCAGGAAAUCCAAAAGGGAGUGCAAUUUAUCUUGGGAGCGUUUGUCAUGAUUCCUACAACCGUCACUUGUGCAAUCUCUGUCUUUCUAAACACAUUGGUAUUUUAAAGUGUUAAUUAGCUUUACAGAAAAUUGAUUCAGUAAGUUAGAGUGGAAACCUUCACGAGGAAGAUAAGACCCUGAGGUCUACUAUGUAAUUUGCAUUCACUCUAAAAAGAGCAAUACUAGACUCCCAUAUCGGAACUGAUGGUAGCGAAAUAGCUGCAGUGUGAGAGUGCUGAAAAGUUUUGUUGCCUCUGUUUCUUUGAUGUGUGGCUGUCAACACUGUAUUCAUAACCUGAGGAGUAAAAUGACAUGCUGAAUUUGGCACUAAUGCCUGAGACCCUAGAUUAACUAAUAACACUUUGAAGAUUUAAUCCUUUUAGCUGCUUUUUGUAAAUAAUAGUUAACUGGAAUGGACAACUCUGGUUGGGCUAUAUGGUACGAAGGUUCCACCAUUUUGAAGUAUGUUUGUCAUGUAUAAAUCAUGAUAUGUGUUUUGUUAACAGCUGUAUUCCUAUUUCCUGAAGUAUUAGGACCAUGGAAACCUUAUUCAGUGACCAUAGCCAAAAGAGUUACACAAAUAAUUUGGUAACAAUGAAUUUUGUAUAAAUUAUUUUCAUUUUUUUAUUUUUUUAUUUUUUUUUUUAGAAAAGAAGGUGGGGAAGAAGGGGAGAGAGAAAAAAGAUCUAAAGUUUAAUGUGUGUUGGUAGCAGUGGGUAUUGGAUGUUUGUAGAAGGCUGAAGCAGUCCAAAGGGUAGUAGCUACCAUUGAAGCAACAAAGACAAGUGCCUCUGAUUUAUGCCAAAUAACUCUGCUCUUCUGACAGAGAUAUACUAGUUAGAAGGUGUUUAUGUACCAUCCAGAAAAGAAUGCAGUUCUUCCUUUUAGGAACUUUGAUCCUUUUGAAACAUACGAGGACAGAUUUUGUUUUAAUAUUAUUUUGAUGCACCAAGAGCCCAGUUACCUAAUCUAGUCAACCAUUUGGAACCCAGUGAAUUUCAUCAGCAGACAUCUCAAUUAGAUUCAAGUCCCAAUUAGAUUUAAGUCUCCAUUAGAUUUAAAUCUGAUGUGUUAGGAGCAUUGAAAUGAGGAGGAAUUUUUUACUGUAUUUUUUCACUUCUGUAGAUGAUACUUAAAUUCUAGUGCAUCUUGUUAGACACCAAGUAAUGACCUAUGGGCUGAAAAUAAAACAGUGUCUUUGUUUUUUCCCAAUGUAUUAUCAUUUCAGUUGAGGGCCUUAUUUUUUAUUCCUUGUGCUUUCUCAAGGCUUGCUGAAUUCAGGAGCAUAAGGAAUUGAAUGCUGGAGUUAAGCUCUACUUGGUAAGUGGGGAAAAAAAGAAGUUGCCCUGUUUCUAAGGGAAUUUUUCUAUUAUGCAUUCCUUUGGGUGGUAUAUUGCCACGUGCUUUUGCUUUUUGAGAAUUAAAAGGGCACAAAGCAAAAUAGUUUGUGGGUACCAUUGUGUAGUGUAUGUAGAAAGAUAUUCACAAAACUUAUGUUCAUGGCAAAUAUAAGACUAAAUAGUUAAUACAGCACUUUCUUCUAAAGUUUUUGGUAGAUGUGUAUAUGCAGUUUUAUAACUAAUGGCAGCAAGUUGACACGUGUUUAGGCAGACUCCUGUUAGUGUGCUUAGUAAAUGUACUACUAUAAUCUUACAGUGUUAAACUACAAAAUGCUAAAAGCCAUGUUUUUAAUUAAAUGGUUUCCUUGUAUCCAACAGUAUCAUUAAAAAUUUAAUGUUUCCUUCUUGGAUUUAUCUACUAGUGAAAAUUUUUGCCUUUUUCUUGAAACUGUAAAGAAGUAUCAAAAGGUCCUCACUAUGUAAAUGAAUGUUCUAUAAAUUCUUUGUAUAGUUGUUUUUUUCUGCUCUUCAGAUAUCACCUCUAUUCAGAUUAUAAUAAAAUUAUGAAUGUGAAAUUUCACAACACAAUGUUACAGGUCAGUCUGUUAUGAAAGAAAGUUACCAUCUGGCAUUCAGAACGAGCCAAUGAGCAAAACCACCUUGGUAAAGUAAGAAAAGA